AUGCGCUCUCCUGUAUGCCUAUCGUGCGCUCUCCUGUAUGCCUAUCGUGCGCUCUCCUGUAUGCCUAUCGUGCGCUCUCCUGUAUGCCUAUCCUGCGCUCUCCUGUAUGCCUAUCGUGCGCUCUCCUGUAUGCCUAUCGUGCGCUCUCCUGUAUGCCUAUCGUGCGCUCUCCUGUAUGCCUAUCGUGCGCUCUCCUUUUCCACACCUCUCAACACCUCUCAACACCUCGCUCCUCCCCCCUUCCCUCUUCCCCCAAAGCAGCAUCCUGCACAACUGCACCCUACCAGGCCGCAUCCCUGCAGCGUUCGUUGCUCUCUCUCCAUGCUCCUGCUUGCCUCCAACCGACUGCAAUCCAUGCGCUCCCCUCACUGCUCCCCUCAACACCUCUCUCCCCCUGUCUGUCUCCCCUCCCGUCCCCCCAAGGCAGUAGCCUGCGCAACUGCUCCCUACCAGGCCGCAUCCCUGCAGCGUUCUAGCCUGCGCAACUGCUCCUUAACUGGCCGCAUCCCUGCUGUGUUUGGUGCUCUCUCCGCGCUGCAAGUGCUGCUGCUCGACUCCAACCACCUCCUGCGCAACUGCUCCUUAACUGGCCGCAUACCUGCUGUGUUUGGUGCUCUCUCCGCGCUGCAAGUGCUGCUUCUCGACUCCAACCGACUCCAAGGGCCGCUGCUGGGGGAGGAAUCCCGAGGGCUGCUCAGCCUGCAGCGCUUCCAUUCACACCUCGGUCUUCGACAGUCGUCUUCCCAUGCCUCCUCCCUUCUCUCUCCCCUCCCGUUCCCCCAAAGCAGUAGCCUGCGCAACUGCUCCUUAACUGGCCGCAUACCUGCUGUGUUUGGUGCUCUCUCCGCGCUGCAAGUGCUGCUGCUCGACUCCAACCGCCUGCAAGGGCCGCUGCUGGGGGAGGAGUCCCGAGGUCUGCUCAGCCUGCAGCACGUUGAUUUGUCGGAUAAUGAACUGGAGGGAGGUGUCGUGUUCUUCCCUCAACUUACGUCGCUCAAGCACCUGCUGCUUGGUUGGAACCGCUUUUCCCUGCUGCCAGCAAAGCUAGGCUUUCUUCCCAACCUCCGCACGCUGGUGCUGGAUCACAACCGAAUCGGCAACACGCUUUCUGAGCGCCUCUCCUCCCUCUCCAACCUGCAAACACUGGUAUUGGACAACAAUCCCAUCGGAGGGUCCCUCCCUGCUGGGUUCUCGGCUCUCACCAACCUUGUCACCAUCUCUAUGUCGCGUUGCCAGCUCGGGAACGCUCUUUUCAACACAUCACUGCUCAUCAACCUGCAAAAGAUUGAUGUGAGUGACAACGAGAUCCUGUACAACGUGCAAGACGCCUUGGGAGCUUCACUGAGAAAUCUGCGCCAUGUUGACUUAUCCAACAACUUGUUUCUUGGUUCCUUCCCAGAAUCCAUGUCUGAUCUUCAAGCACUGGCUAUCCUCAAUGCAGACAACAACAACAUAGACCUUCAACUCCCGGACCUCUCAGGCUCGGCAGGCUCCGGCGCACUACACUACGUCUCCCUUAUAAACAACCAGCUCGACGAUACAGGCGGCAAGAUCCGCCGAAAAAUACCCCAGUACCUAAUAGACCUCGUUUCCAACUCCUCCCUCCGCCUCUGGGAAAACCCCUUCUGCAAUUUCACCCUUGUAAUCCCCACCCUCGCUCCCGCUUGCGACCGCUAUAACGAGAAGAUCCAGCCUCCAGUCUUCCUUCCUUCCCCUGGCGCCUCCCUUGACGAUAUUGUCUUUACCUCGGACCCUUUCUGUCCCUCUCACACCUGUGAUCCUACCGCUGCUGCCGCUUACCCCAGCUUUUAUGCCUACCGGGUAGCAGCGGCUUGCGUCUGUGCCAAGGCGCUAAAAGUCUUGCUUAGGCUCGUGCACUCGCCGAAUCUGUACUUCUCAAAGUCUUUAGCGAAGGACCUGCAAAGGGGGUUGGAAGCGCAGUUUGGGUGGGAAACCGGGCAGGCGUGGAUUCGGCAGGUGCGGACGAAAAGGGAUGCCUCUCAGCUGCUGGAGGUGCUGAUUUUUCUGCCCGGCGGGCAGAAAUGGACGGCUGCGAUUGUCAAUGCAGUGGUGAUGCGGUUUGUGCGGCAUAACGUCUCCAUGGGAGUCAGCUUUGGACCGUACCGGUUUGAAGGAUUUGUCUCGCCGAUCCCACCGCCACCACUAACCGUCCCUCCUCCACCUCCUCCCACCCCUUCCAAAACCUCCUCCAUCCUCUUCCCCAUCCUCUUCACCUCGCUCCUCCUCGUCAUCCUCCUCCUCCUCUUUAUCUGUUGGCGAUCCAACAUCUGGGGAAGAACAAAGGGCUCUCCCCCCUCUACAGUCACACUCACAACCCUGAAGAUCCCAGGGUUGAUGAAGGGAGACGAGUGGGAGAUCACGAUCAGUCCGUCGGAUUCGAAGAGAAUCAACGGCCGACAGACGUACCUGGUGCACGGGGUUUGUUUCUUCCGAUAUGACGACUUGAUUGCGGCUACCGACCAUUUCUCGCACGUUAUUGGCCACGGGUCCUUCGCUGACGUGUACCUCGGGCACCUGGACGAAAGCCUGCUCCCGGAAUCAGCCGCUGCGUCGAAAGACAACGGGCAGGCGAACGGGCAGGUUGAAAAAAAGGGGGAUGGUGCUCUAAGCAGUGGUGCUUCUGCUGAUGCUGCUGCUGCUGAGAUAGAAUGUUCUCCUGCUGCUGCUGGUGCUGCUGCUGCUGGUAUUGACAAUGAAGGCUCCUCCACCACUCCUUCAACAGCGAAAGGAGCUUCGAUUGACUCGUCCCAACCCCAAGGGACCCCAGUGGCAGUGAAGCGCGUGCGCGAAGCCGCCCUCCGUUCCGACUUCUCCGUUUCCACGUUCAUAAACGAGAUCAAAGUCCUCUCCUCCAUAAGCCACCCCAACCUCGUACCCCUUAUAGGCUUCUGCAGGGAAGCGCAGGAGCUCAUGCUCGUCUACACCUACGCUCCAAACGGGUCCCUAUUCGACAAUCUCCACGGCGGGUUGAAGGAGCAAGGCGGGUUGAGGGACUGGGGGAGGAGGAUCGAUGUGCUGGUGGGCGCGGCGAGUGGGUUGGAGUAUCUGCACGGGGAGUUGGAGGUCCCGAUAGUGCAUGGGGAUGUGAAGCCCGAGAAUAUUCUCAUUGCUGCGUCGGGGGAGGGACUGCUGUCGGAUUUCGGGCUGAGUGAGUUCGUGCGGGAGGCCUCGGUGCAUACACCUGCUUCGACGAUCGUCAGAGUGAAGGGAUCUGUGGGCUACGUGUGUCCGGAAUAUUCAUCAACGGGAGUGCUCAACUCCAAGUGUGACGUGUACAGCCUCGGGAUUGUCGUAUUGGAGACGCUCACAGGCCUGCCACCUCAGAUAGAGGACCAACACCUUGGGACCUCCACGCACAUCCGAGACCUGGUCUCUGCGUUGCUGCGGAAGCAUGACAGCGAUCCCUCAGCAGUGCUCGACCCUGCACUGCCGUCCAAUCUCCCCAAGGUGCCUGCCUGGCGCCUGCUGCAGCUGGCACUGCGCUGCACUGCUCCCACCGGCCGUGAUCGGCCGCACAUGGGGGAGGUGCUAUCUGAGCUGCUCUUUGUGCAAAAUGCCUUGAGGAAAUCGUGA